GUAAAAUUACAAAGACGAUAAAGGAAUAUAAUUUCAUAUUCGUAAAAGGAUGUAAUAAUUUCACUUAUCAUAUAGGAAAAAGAUGGAACUCUCUGGACACUAUAUAAAGACCAACAUUCAUCAAAAGAAUUCACCAUCAUUUUCAAUAGCAACCGAUCAAUUAUGUCCAAAAACUGCAAUGUCUACGUCUCUGCCUUGUACACGGGUACGAGGGUAAAUAAGUCUUCUUCGACUUCCGAUAUCUCCAUUCACCUUAAAGUAUCAUCGAGCUAUGUUUCAGAUGUAACGGUCCCGACGAGCAAGAGACACCUUACUUUAGAAUCUCUCAACAGAGCAGAAAAGGUAGCAACGGAGAUUGAAAGCUCAUGCACGGAGAAAUCUUUUCUUGUUCCAUGCCAUUCUUUACUGUCCGAAGAUGAUUCUUCGUUGGACUUUGUUAGCAAGAUGAUCUCCGACAUGAACAUAUCUUUUUCUUUAGAUAAGCUUCAUUGGAGAGCAAGUCCGAGAGAUGACUGGAUUCCUUUUGGGGAUCGAGAUGAUGUUGUUAGGGAGAUCCUUAGUCUUGCUCGUGGCAAGGCCAGUGCAGUUUCGACUGCUGAUCAGCCGAAGAAGUUGAGCUUCCUAGUUGGUAUCAAACGAAAAAUAAUGAUUCCGCAUCAUGAAUUUGAGGCAAUGGCUAAUGCAAGAGAAACUGAGUUAGCAGGACAAGAAAUUUCUGAUAGCAUUGCAUGGAUCAACCAACAGCCAAUUCCUGACAGGAUUCGCUUUCUGAGGUUGCUCAAAGAACAUCCAAAAUAUAAUUGUUUUGAGACAUUGAUUGAGGGAGCAGUAAGGGAUUUAUUAGAACACACAGAAUCCAAGCAAAUUCCAGCAUCCCAGUCAUCAAUUGAGGCUUUACAGGAGGUCAUAUUUGACGGCGAUGAUGAUGAUACAGUGUCUUCGUGUAUAUUCUGUAUGGAAAAUCUGGUCAUCAGUUCUCCAGUCACUGUCAUGCCAUGUAAGCACAAGUUCCACAAGACCUGCAUUGUAAAUUGGCUGGAACGGAGCCAUGUGUGUCCCUUGUGCCGCUUUGAGUUACCAACUGCACCAUAGAUUU